GCGCACAUGCACGCAUCCUGACCUAGUUGUGUAACCACGAAUCUGCCAAAUAAGGACCAACAGAUUGAAGUAAAAAAACCUACGCUUCAUCAAACCUAUGCAUUAAUCCCUCCUAUAUCCUGAGCACGUGGCCCCCGCGACUUAUAUAGUCGGCGCGAGACGUUUCGUGAGGUCUGAACGUCUCGCGCAAGUCUCGGGCACAUCUGCAGUGUGCGUGCGUGCGAGCGAUUGUCUAAUACCGCGCGCGCUCCGUUUCCCGUUAUGGUUUUCUAAGAGAAUCCCAGGAGGACACAGCAGCACGAGGCGGCGGGAUGCCGGAAAAGAAAAAGAUGGACAGCAUGAAGAGAGGAGGCUUUGGAGCUACGGUGAGCUUCCACAACAUCCAUUACAGCGUCAAAAGCAAGACCGGGUUCCUCUGCAAACAGAAGAAGACCCGUAAAAACAUCCUCAUCGACCUCAAUGGAAUUAUGAAGCCAGGAAUGAACGCCAUAUUGGGAGCCACAGGGAGCGGAAAAUCCUCUUUUUUGGAUGUGCUGGCCGCACGGAAAGAUCCGCACGGACUAACUGGAGAGGUUCUGAUAGAUGGUGCACCACAGCCGCCCAACUUUAAAUGUCUGUCUGGAUAUGUAGUGCAGGAUGAUGUGGUGAUGGGAACACUAACAGUCAGGGAGAAUCUGCGCUUCUCGGCAGCGCUGAGGCUUCCGAUGUCCAUUAGUCAGAAGGAGAAAGAUGAAAAAGUUGAGCGACUGAUUGAAGAGCUCGGGCUGACUAAAGUAGCUGACGCACGGGUCGGCACGCAGCUGAUCCGUGGCAUUUCAGGCGGCGAGAGAAAGAGGACCAACAUCGGCAUGGAGCUCAUUAUAGAUCCGUCCGUCCUCUUCCUGGAUGAGCCGACGACUGGACUGGACGCUAGCACGGCUAAUUCUGUACUGUCCCUGCUGAAGAGGAUGUCCAAUCACGGCCGGACCAUUAUCCUGUCCAUCCACCAGCCGCGUUACUCCAUUUACCGGCUGUUCGACACACUCACUCUGCUGGUUUCGGGGAAACAGGUUUACCACGGCCCUGCUCCGAGCGCACUCGAAUACUUCAGCGACAUCGGCUUCACCUGUGAACCCCAUAACAACCCCGCGGACUUCUUCCUAGAUGUCAUUAAUGGAGACUAUAGUGCGCUGUCUCAGGAAAAACAAUACGAGAAUGAGCUGGAUCUUGAGCAAGAGGGAUCCAGCUGUCAGGCGAUGGAGGACCGGUUGGUGCAGGAGUACAAGCAGUGGUCGUACUACAAGCAGACCAGAGACGAGCUGGAGCAAAUCACGCAGGGGCGCAAGUACGACGACCGGCCCAAAUCACGCACCAUCACCUAUAAGACCUCCUUCUGCCACCAGUUCAAGUGGGUGCUAAAGAGGACGUUCCGCAACCUGAUGCUCAACCCACAGACCUCCUUCGCUCAGGUUGGUGUGACACUUUUCUUAGCGCUGAUUGUUGGUGCCAUCUUUUUCAGCGUGCCAUCCGAUAUGAGUGGAAUUCAAAACAGGAUGGGUGCCUUGUUCUUCAUCACCACCAACCAGUGUUUCGGCUCGCUGUCCUCGGCUGAACUCUUCAUCACAGAACGCAAGCUCUUCCUCCACGAGUACGUUAGCGGUUAUUACAGAAUCUCGGUGUACUUCCUGUGUAAGCUGCUCUCGGAUAUUCUCACGCUGCGCACCUUUCCAGCCAUUAUCUUCAGCUCGGUGGCCUACUGGAUGAUCGGGUUCAAACCGGACCCCGGGUCCUUUUUUUUCUUCAUGUUCAUCGUGGCCAUGACGGCGUACACGGCGACAUCCAUGGUGAUGGCCAUCUCGGCUGAUCAGAACGUCGUCGCCAUUGCCAACAUCUACAUGACCAUCUCCUUCGUCUUCAUGAUGAUUUUCUCAGGAUUGUUGGUGAACUUGCCGAGCAUCGCUGACUGGCUGAACUGGUUAAAAUACUUCAGCAUUCCACGCUACGGCCUUACCGGUCUCCUGGUGAACGAGUUUGUUGGGCUGAAAUUCUGUUUCCCUGGAGUCAAUGGUACCGAACCCCCGAGUUACGCCUGUAAGACUGGAGAGGAGUUUCUGACGGAGCAGGGCAUCGAGUUCUCCACCUGGGGCAUGUGGCAGAACGUCGAGGCUCUGAGCUGCAUGAUCUUCAUAUUCCUGAGUAUUGCAUACCUGAAACUGCGCUUGAUCAAGAAAUUUACUUAAACACACGCACACCAACACACACAUUUAAGCUGAUUUUCUA